AUGGCCUCUAUCUUCGUCGAAUCAGUGCCCGCCAGGACCUUCAGUGGGCGCCCUGGAGAAAGAGUCGAAGCCUUCAUCGAAUCCGUGAUCCUCAAUUUUGAGCCCAAAGAAAAGCUCUAUGCCGCCGGAAGAAGAGACGCCGCCAGGGUGGCAAUCCUCAGUGCGAAUCUCCGCGGAAAGGCGGCCAGAUGGCUGGAAAGACAAAACGAAGAGGUAGCCUCCUCGUGGAGCGAACUCACCGAAGCCCUCAAGAAGAGAUUCAACAACAAGAGCAAGAGGGAUGAAAGGCAAAGACGUGCCGAGAACGCAGUCACCAAUCUCAAGCAAGGGAAGCUCACGCUAAAACAAUACAUACGCAAGGCGGAGAGGGUUAACAUGGACCUCCCGAUGGCGUCUGACCUCCACAAGUCCGCCGGUAGAAGGUUCUACGUGGGCCUGGCCCGCGAGCAGACCCGGUGUAACUUCCUCAGCCUUGGGAAGUUCGACAUCAACGACGACUACACCCUAUCACAAGCCAUUGAGGCGGCGAAGAAGGUGCUCGCCACCGGCACCAGGGAGCUAAGCGGGCGUCGCAGUGGCAGCGAGAGUAGUGAUGACGACACGAGCGACAGCGAAGAGGGCUCAGACUCGGAGGAAUUCAGUGAAGUGGGGAAGGAGAGCAAGAGGAGGGUAGGAGGCAGCAAGAUUAGGGAGGCAUUAGAGAAGGAGAGGAAGGCAAAUAAGGCCCUCGUGGAAGAGAAGAAGGCGCAAGAGAUGGCGGAGAAAGAGCGUAAGGAGAAAGAAGAUGCACUCACCGGCGAGGUUGCCAACCUGCGAAGAUUAGUAGAGAGACUCUCUACCCAGCAGCAAUACAAUAACCCCUACGAUAUCCCACCCGCAACCCGAGAGACGGAGGUCUUUGCGGUAAACCGCGGAUAUUACGGUCACCCGAGGCAGCCGAACAACCAAGCGCCAGGUAUGGGCAGCACCCAGUACCCGGGCGGCUAUGGGAAUUCGAUGGCCGCGUUUAAUCAAGCGCAACUCCCGAACCCACAUGCAAUGGGACCCCCGCACUAUGCGGCGACGGGACAGCAAAGCUACCCGCCCACGGGGUACAUGCCGAGGAGGCACACGAUUCAGAACGACGCCAGACCAGUCGUCACGUGCUUCCGGUGUGGGCAGACAGGACACUACAGCCCCGAAUGCGUAAACCCGCCCCUAUCAAUCAUGGAACAGCAGGAGGUUAGACGCCGAGUAGGCGAGGACCAAAUCGAGAAGAUACGCGCACAGUUGGGGCUUCAGUCGGGCCCCCAGGGGCUACCCCCAAAUCAAACCGCCGGUGGGCAAUACACAGUAGCGCAGGGCGCAAACCUGGUACCGCUUGGGAUCAGGCCCAGAGGCGCCCCAGGCGGAGAUGUGCGCGCAGCGCAACAGGGAAACGCGGCAUCGGCGGGUGCAAAUGCGGUAGAGGUGUGUGCGGGAGACAGAGAGGUUGGCGGCAUCAGGGUGCCUGAGGCGAGCUUGGUUGAGUGGUUUGACGCUGAUGCGGCGGAGAAGAGGGAUAGUGAGGAAGCGUUUGGGAGGUGGAGCAGUAGAGCGGAAGGACCCGCGAGCAAGAGGAAGGUGAGGGUCGAAGAGGAAGAUGAGGAGAUGGGUGAUGCUGCUGCCGCUCCUGACAAGGGCAAAGGCAAAGCUAAGGCGUACCAAGCCCCCGGCACGAGCUCUAGGCAGGCACCAAAACCAGCCGAGUCUAAGCGGCCCAUUCGGAUGAUGAAAGGGGUGAUCCCCGAAGACGUGGUCCAGAGGUUGAGAGAUACUAAAAUCGAAGGGCUCACGUGGGGUGCGCUAUUCGACCUUGCCCCGGCUGCCCGCAGAGACGUGGCAAAAGGCCUAGUACUAGAACGUGUUGCUAGAGCCCCGAAGGAGAAGACUACACAGCCGGACGAAACCCACGCAGUCGAAGCAGUAAACAGAGCACGUGAGGACGAGGGCCCGGUCGUAAACUUCUACACCGACGGGAAGGUUAGAGUACCGGGGAUGCCCGCCGGCUUCUUCACGGUAAAGAAAAUACUCGUCGACGCCGGCUCCGUCGUGAAUCUCAUGCCCGAGAGCAUCGCGGACGAGAUGAGGCUACGCAAAGAGCGCGGGCCGGGAUUCAAUAUCAAGACCGCCGACGGGGGACUAGCUCCAAUUUCGUCCAUGGUGUCCUUCGACCUCAAUGUGGCGGGGGUGACUGCACGAAUUACCUGCCACCUAGUACCAGGGCCGAGAACGCCAUCUUACUCGAUUCUGCUAAGUAGGCGAUGGCUCCGUCAGUGCCAAGCGCGGGGAGACUACCGCUCGGACACGUAUGUCAUCAAAGAUAAGGAAGGCAACGAAUUCCUGGUGCCCGCAGUCAGAGGCGGGCAUGAGGAGUCCCCGAGGAUCUUCAUCAGCGCUGAGUCCACGAGGAUCGAGAUCGACGACGAGAUGGCGGAAGAUAUCGAAGAGGGAGACGACACCAUGUCUGCCAUCGUCGAGAGGAUAUCAAGAGAAAGUGAUGAACAAGAAAGGUGGGAGUUGGAGCUCGAGAGGAGAGAGUUUGAGGAGAAGGGUGCGAAGCGGGGAGAGAACGAGGAAGAGCUGUGGGCGGCCAAAUGGAAUGAAGGGUUUCGGGACUCCUGGAGAAGCUCACUGCAAUUAGGUGAGGCUUUAAAAGGGCCCCACUGCUAG